AUGGGCGAGUGGACCAUCCUGGAGCGGCUGCUGGAGGCGGCGGUGCAGCAGCACUCCACCAUGAUCGGCCGCAUCCUGCUGACGGUGGUGGUGAUUUUCCGCAUCCUGAUCGUGGCCAUCGUGGGCGAGACGGUGUACGAGGACGAGCAGAGCAUGUACGGCUUCAACGUGCCGGCCAUCUUCGAGUGUGACAGGUACCCGUGUGUCAAGGAGGUCGAGUGCUACGUGUCGCGGCCCACGGAGAAGAGCGUGUUCCUGGUGUUCAUGUUCGCCGUGUCCGGGGUGUGCGUGCUGCUCAACCUGGCCGAGCUCAACCACCUGGGCUGGCGCAAGGUGCGCGCGGCCGUCAGGGGGGCGCGGGCGCGCCGCAAAUCCCUGCUGGGGGACGGCCGCAGGAAGGAACCGGCACCGGCACCGGCACCGGCGCUGGGCAGGACCCAGUCCAGCGAGUCGGCCUACGUGUGAGAUGGGACUGGGAUGGACUGGGAUGGACUGGGAUGGGACUGGGAUGGACU